AUGGCUCGAAUGGACACUAACGGAUACUCCAACGGAUACUCUAAUGGACAUUCCAACGGGUACUCCAAUGUGCACUCUAAUGGACAAUCUAAUGGCCACAGCAACGGAUACUCUGAUAGCCUCAAGGAAAACUAUGAGGCGAGAACGUCACGAGGCGAGGACACUAUGCGCGGAUACGAUCACAUCCACUGGUAUGUAGGCAAUGCCAAGCAGGCCGCCUCGUACUACAUCACGCGUAUGAACUUCCACCAUGUCGCCUACCAGGGCCCCGAGACCGGGUCCCGGUACUGGGCCUCAUACACUAUUGCCAACGGCUCUGCUCGCUUCGUCCUGACCUCGCCAGUCCUAGUAUAUGAUGCUACGUGGAUCGACUGUUACAAGCAACAAAAGGAACUCCACCCUAACGUUAAAGAGGGUGAACAGUAA